CCAGCGAAGGCGAGGGCCCGCCGAGGGCCCGCCGAGGGCGCACCUCCUGGUUUCGCCCCCCUGGUAUCCAUCUGGCAUCCAUCUGGCAUCCAUCUGGCAGGUCCGAGCGAACAAAUGGCCUACAUAGGCCCGGACGGCACCAUCCGUCAGCGGAAGCCGGCCUUGGCUACCCUGUGGCGCUCGCUCUACGGCAUCAUCAAUGCCGUCUAUCUGUUUGCAGUAUCCCUUGUGUCGCUGGGGGAUCCCCCUCGCCCAGCACGAAGGCCGGAGGAGUCGACUCGCAAUCGCUGGAGUGGAAACCACACCAAUCCCCGUAUCCGCGGAUUGAGAGACGGCCCUGGGGCCGGCGACUCCUGCAACGCGCCAGCAAUGGGCGGAUGAGCUCGGUAAAUGGUCAGCAGCGCUUGGACGUUUCGUCCACGGUCGCUGGCGCUUCCGGUCUUGAGCACCCUGCGAGAUUAACGGGCAGGGGGCUUCAAUCGCUCGCAUACCGCGAGCAGCCGGUGCCGGAGACUGAACUCGCUGCUGGCCGUUGGCUCUUAUUCCGGUUUGCGGAUGUCCUGAUCCACUCGGUGAUCUGGGCCGCCUAUCGGCGUUGGUAUUAUGCGCAGAUCACCGGAUAG